AUGAGACCACCACCGGGCCUUGAAGACACUAUCGGACCUGGAAAGGUGUUUAAGCUCAGGAAAGCUAUCUACGGUCUAAAACAAUCACCAAGGGCUUGGUAUCACAAACUAAGCUCAACACUUCUUGAUAAAGGCUUUAGAAGAUCAGAAGCUGAUCAUACAUUGUUCACAUAUCCAAGCCAAAGAGGUAAUAUUGUCAUUCUCAUAUAUGUUGAUGAUAUUAUCAUCUCUGGGAAUGACAAGGUAGGCAUUCAAGAUACCAAACAAUACCUUAGAUCUAUAUUUGAUAUUAAAGAUCUUGGAGAACUAAAGUACUUUCUUGGGAUAGAAGUAUGUCGUUCGGAAGAAGGAGUCUUCUUAUCACAAAGAAAGUACACACUUGAUCUUUUGAAAGAUGUAGGUAAGCUUGGAGCAAGACCUGUUGAAACACCACUCGAAGAAAAAUACAAGUCAAACCGUAAGGGGGAGUCCAAUGAAGCUCUGUUCGAAGAUGUAAAACAGUAUCGACGGUUGGUAGUUAAGCUCAUUUAUCUCACCAUAACUCGACCUGAUAUAUGUUUUGCUGUGAACCAGGUAAGCCAACAUAUGCAAAAGCCAACAGUACUUCAUUGGGAGAUGGUGAGCCGCAUACUCAAGUAUCUCAAAGGAGCUCCUGGUCAAGGCAUUUGGAUGGUAUGUAACAAGAAUACAGAGCUUGUAGGAUACUGUGAUGCAGAAUAUGCUGGAGAUCGUGGAGAUAGACGCUCAACGACCGGUUACUGUACAUUUGUGGGAGGAAACCUCGUUACUUGGAAGAGUAAAAAGCAAAAGGUGGUCUCUCUCUCAAGUGCUGAAUCAGAAUACAGGGCAAUGAGGAAGCUCACAACCGAACUAAUGUGGCUCAAAGCUCUCUUAAAGGACCUCGGCAUCAACAUUCCAAGACCGAUCACAAUGCACUGCGAUAAUGAAGCGGCAAUUCACAUUGCAAACAACUCAGUAUUCCAUGAAAGGACCAAACACAUAGAAGUGGAUUGUCAGAAAGUCAGGGAACAAGUUCAACUUGGAGUGAUUCUACCAUGUCACACCGAGAGUUCUGAACAAUUGGCAGACAUCUUCACCAAAGCAGCAAGUUCAAAGGUUUUUGAGUACAUACACUCCAAACUCGGGCUCAUGGACCUAACGAGGCCGCAAGUGAAGACCCUAAACUACUGA